UAUCCUUGGGGCAACAAAAACAUCAAGUGGCGUGGCUUUCAUGUUGGUCAUCCCUACACUCUCGGUCAUAUCAAUCCCCUCGUCCGCCACAGUCCAAAAGUCAAACGUGUGCAACAAGUUGGCCAACACAAAGUUCAUCAUCUGCAAGGCGAAGUUGAAACCCGGGCAUAUCCUCCUGCCCGCGCCAAAUGGGAUGAACUCGAAAUCUUGGCCCCGAAUGUCCAAAUGGUUAAACCUCUCGGGCUUGAACUCCAACACAUCGGGCCCCCAUACUUGUGGGUCCCGAUGCAAUUUCCAUAUGUUGACCAUGAGCCAUGUCCCUCUAGGGAUAUGGUAGCCUCUGACGCUACAGUCCUUGGAAAACUCACGUGGGCUGCCAAGUGGGCCUGCAGGUACCUCGCAAGUAGCUUUGAUGAUGGUAUCAUCAUCAUAUUCACUAUGAAGUCGUCGACCACCUCUCGUAACAGAUACCAUGACAUCCAUAAAAUCCCGCGGCCUAUCAUCCUCACCAGAACACUCUUUCUCCCUAUGUUCCGCGAGCCAUUCACCUACAAUCCCAUCCAACUCCUUCGCAUUUUCCUUCAUCCUCUUCUCGUGCCCACCAAUAUCCAGCCACGCCAGAUAAGGCAGCGCAUCAGCGGCAACAAACAUCCCCGCCAGCUCAAAAAAAUCCCUCAUCACCCGCUUACACUUCCCCGUCUCAUCCUUAAAACGCUUCCCAGCAACUAUCCCGAGCACCACGUUCAGAUUCAAAUCUCCAAACCACUUUUUCAUGUCCACCAAAGCCCUUCCCGACCGAAACAGCUCGUCCACGGAUCGAGCCGUCUCGGACACGCGCACGAGCUCGACCGAGACGAGUUUUCGCAUCUUCCGCCAGAAAGGGCCGUACGGGGAAUAUGCGAACAUGGCGUAGUCGUGGCUCAGGUGCUUGCUUGCCCGGAGCUUCGGGCGGGACGAGACUGCCACGUCGCAGGUUGUGAACACGUGCUUGGCAAGCUCCCAGCUGCUGAUGACCACGGCCCGUUUAAGUCCCAGACGGAUAGUGAAGAUUGGGCCGUGGCUGCGAGUUUGAAGUGGGGGAGGCCGCCAGCAGGGGACAUCAAGUGGAGAUGGCCCGUCAAGAGCCUUGCCCCGCCGGCUUCUGGUGGAGAUUUGUGUGUGGUGGUUGAUCUUGACCAGCUCAGGCCGCCAGCAGGGGACAUCAAGUGGAGAUGGCCCGUCAAGAGCCUUGCCCCGCCGGCUUCUGGUGGAGAUUUGUGUGUGGUGGUUGAUCUUGACCAGCCCAGGAUGUACUUUUGGCAAGUAUUCUCCCAGCCGUUUCUCCCCUCUUUAGUGCUCGGCUCCUCCCAAUCGAACCGUCGGUCGCUGGGACACUCUACUAUGAUCAUCAACCCCUCUGCACGAGGUCGCGUGAAAUCCUUUCACCAUCGCCUCGUUCUUCUCGACAGACCACCUCGCCACAGCUGCUUCACGCCAUUAAACUGUUGGGUCACUCCGCCGUGUCGCGACGUCCAUUUCCAUCACCUCCGUUCGAGCGAGCAAGUGGUGCAGCCCCGCCUUCAUCAGCCG